AUGAUUCCUGCUUUAGCUUUUGUUCCCCCAGAAAAAGUUAUUGAAGCGUUUGAGAAACUACAAGAGACGUUGCCACCUGAGGCUAUAAUAGAUUAUUUUGAGGAUACAUAUAUCAGCAGAAGACGUCGACAUACAAGGAGACAGCCACCUUUCCCUGUAAGCAUGUGGAGUAUGUAUACUCGUGUUGUUGAAGUUUUACCUCAAACAAACAAUGCCUUAGAAGGCUGGCAUAACCAUAUGCAAGCAAGCGUUACGUCAUUUCAUCCAAACAUAAGGAAAUUUCUGGGGGUGUUGAAGAGAGAACAGGCACUAUCCAGCGUCAUAAUCAAUCAAAUACUUGCUGGGCAUCCAGUACCUCCUAAGCAGAAACGCUAUCAGGAUUCUAGCAAAAGAAUAGCAAACAUUGUGCAAGACUUUGAGAACCGCGAUGUAUUGGAAUUUUUGAGAUACAUAGCCCACAAUUUAAAAUUCUAG